GUCAAGAGCCGAGAAUUUUGACAAAGAAUUAAUUUUGAAUAAAGUUGUGCUGAAGAAAUAAACAAUAUAUAAAAGUAAAUAUGAGUAAAAUAUUAUAUUUAACAUUCUUGGCGAUAAUUUUUGCCGUCGCUCAUGGCGAAGAAGAAUGUCCACAAAAACAAGGAAGCAACCUUUUUGAUCAGGACUUCGGACUGGCUUUAACAUCUGAUGACUUGCUCACCUCAAUGAUGUCACCAUGGAUGAUGAGAGAUUACUUCCGACCUUGGAGAUACCUGGAAUCGUUCACCCACGACUUGGGAUCUACUAUCAAGACCGAAAAGGAUAUGUUUACAAUUAACUUGGAUGUUCAGCAUUUCUCACCAAAUGAGAUUACUGUCAAGACAGCCGAUGGAUACGUCGUCAUUGAAGCUAAGCAUGAAGAAAAGAAGGACCAGCACGGAUUCGUGUCCCGACAGUUUGUAAGAAGAUAUGCUUUGCCUGAAGGCACAGAAUCUGACAAUGUGGUAUCUAAACUUUCCAGCGAUGGUAUUUUAACUAUCUCGGCACCAAGAAAGGAAGUUGAUGCUAAAGGGGAGAGAGUGGUACCGAUAACACAGACGGGUCCUGUUCGUAAAGAAGCCAAGGAAGCCAAAGCCGGUUCAUGUUCCGCUGAAGAUAAAUGUAAACACUAAUUUUUAGUUUUUUCGUAGUAUUUUCAUAUAAAAUAUUUACUACAUUUUAUAUUAUUUUCAAUAAUGUGUUCACGUGAGUACUAUGUCAUAAUAUAUGCGUUUACUAUGUAAUACUCGUAAGACUGAUUAAUAAA